UUAAUAGUUAAGACCGAUUUUUGCUUCUUCCGCCCCAAAAACCCUUGUCGAGCCACGCGUCGAAUCUUCGAGCGACACGGGUCUUACCACGUGUAACUUCGGACGACAUGUCCUUCCCCGCGGAGGCUCUACGUUGCGAGGCCAUCGAGGGCAACCCGGACUUUUACGGGUUGGGCAUCCGAAUCGGCGUGUACCUGCAAUGGGUGACGGCCUGGGUCAGCCUGGUCGUGGACCCCCUAUCGGCACAGUCCGUGUACGACGUCAACUCCGUCUUCGUCUUCGCCAUCCUAGUCGCCACCAUGAUCGCGACCUUCGCUGACAACCCCACCAUAGAGCCUGUCGAGACGUACAUCAUGCUGCAGUUUUCCCUGGGCUUCUUCGUGACCACGUUGAGCACGUUCGGGCUGAGGCUGCAAUUCCUUCGUCCACGCUCUGGAGCUCAGUUGAUUCAAUAUCUUGGUGAACUAGGGAGGGCGGUGAAGCAAUUUCUCCAGAAACUAUCGUCGCUCCUUGCCAUGUUGACAUUAUCGACGCUCCUUGCCACGUUGAGAUUAUUGUCGCUCGUUGCCAUGUUGAAAUUAUCGUCGCUCGUUGCCAUGUUAGAAUCAUCGUCGCUCGUUGCCAUGUCGAGACUAGCUCCCGGAGACAUAAUGGGCUUACCCUUGAGCCGUUUCUUACCACUCAAGCCUUACCAUCUAUCGUGGUCGGGGGUCUUCUGGCGGACGACGACGGUAUGCAUGCUCGCGGCUGUCAAUAUCUGGCUCUGGUUUGCUGUGCAGCCCAACUACCGAUUGGCUGGCCAGACUUGUGAUCCUCCAUUCGUGUUCUUCUUUUCGAAACAACAACUCAGCGGCGCGAUUGUUGGCUUCUUCAAAGCAGUCUCGAUUCUCGCCGCGAUUAUUGUCGUCCCGCCAUUCAUGGCUAUGUUUGGGUUGGUAGGACAGAUCUUCAUCCAUACGCUCAUGGCUUUGUAUAGGGACGUGUUGCAUUUCAUAUCACCUAAAGCACCUGAGCUCCUGAAGCAACGACUUAAUUUCGACAGACCGACGUUCGAUGUGCUAGAUUUGCCAAGGAGGUACAUCGAUGUGCUAGAUUUGCCAAGGGGGUACAUCGAUAUUUUAGAUUUCCUAUCCAAACCAGGCAGUGAAACUUACCGGUUCUCUCAUAUUCUUAAAGUGAUAGUAUAUUUAGGGAGCGCAAAGGCUACAGAGAAGCCUGUAGUUAAUACACGAGAAGAGAAUGGGGACAUGAUACCUCAGCAUAGAGCAGAAUUUCUAGCCCGCCUACUCUGCUUGUCCUUGAAUAUCUUCGUCGUCCUCAGUAUCAUCUGGUUCAUCCUUAGCGUCGAGUUUACUCUGGCAUGGAAUGACAUUAGAGGGGUUAAUUCAAUCAAUAGUGCAGGGCAACUUAUCCCAUUCGUCAUUGGUGCCGUUAGCACGCUGCAAGUUAUGAAGAAAAUCAUCCUACUGGGCCUCGCCAAGAAAUACAAAGACUGGGUAGACAUUUCAGAAGACGUCUUCCUUGACUUAUUAGACAAUCAGGGAAUAAUCAAAAUUCGCCCUGCUAGGGAUACGCGCGAAACCGAACACGAUGGGGCUCGUCCGCCUCAAAACCUAACAUUGAGUCCCGAGGACACCAGAAAUAAUACAGAUAGCAUUCAAUCUUAAUGAUCAACCAAGAGCUAGAGUUCUAAGAAUAGAAUCAAUGAGGAACGAGAAUAUGAGGAUUCGUGUUAAAAAUCGGUAUUUCAGGGCGAUUACCACUGCAUAGACGGUAGAGGGGAGUAGACAAUAUAUAUGACCUCAAGCCAGUACCCCGACGUAAAAUACGAUCCGAUACAUAGCAUAGCCUUCUGUCGCCCAGUUAACCUCAAUUUAUACCAGUAUCGAUACGUAGCGCACAUUUCAU